AUGGGUUCAACACAACUAAGAGCCAAAGAACUCCAUGCAGUUUGUGUUCCUUUCCCGGCACAAGGCCAUGUUAACCCCAUGAUGCAAUUAGCCAAGCUUCUGUACUCCAAGGGAUUCCACAUAACCUUUGUCAACACCGAGUUCAAUCACCAGCGUUUAAUCCGGUCCAGAGGCUCCGACUCCAUCGAGGGACUACCGGACUUCCAAUUCGCUAUCAUACCGGAUGGACUGCCACCUUCAGAUGAAGAUGCAACCCAAGAUGUUCCAUCUCUUUGCUACUCCAUCAGGAAAACAUGUCUAGGCCCUUUUAAGGAGCUGGUGACUAAACUCAAUUCCUCGUUUCAAGUGCCACAUAUUACUUGUAUAGUUUGUGAUGGUAUCAUGGGAUUUGGGAGGGAAGCUGCUAAGGAACUAGGGAUUCCUGUGGUUCAGUUUUGGACGACUUCUGCUUGUGGCUUCAUGGGGUACCUUCAGUACAGCGAAUUCGUCAAAAGAGGCAUUGUUCCAUUCAAAGAUGAAAGUUUCAUGCAAGAUGGUACACUCGAUAAGCCAAUUGAUUGGAUUCCGGGCAUGAAGAAUAUGAGGCUCAAGGACAUCCCUAGCUUCAUCAGAGUCACUAAUGUCAACGAUAUAAUGUUCGACUACGUGGGAUCUGAAGCACAGAACUGCUUAAAAUCCUCUGCAAUCAUCCUAAACACGUUUGACGAAUUUGAGCGUCAAGUGUUAGAAGAACUCUCAGUCAUGUUCCCCGAUAUUUACACAAUAGGUCCACUUGCUCUGCUUGGUAGGCAUGUGCCCGAAAGCAAAUUGGUCAAGUCACUAAGCUCAGGCUUAUGGAAAGAAGACGCAAAAUGCCUUGAAUGGCUUGACAAACAGAAACAAGAUUCGGUUGUGUAUGUGAAUUAUGGGAGCAUAGCUGUGAUGACAGACCAACAUCUGAUAGAACUUGCAUGGGGGCUUGCAAAUAGCAAGCACCAUUUUUUGUGGAUUGUCAGGCCUGAUGUUGUAAAAGGUGAUUCGGUGGUUUUACUCCAAGAUUUUUUUGAGGAGAUUAAGGAUAGGGGUUACGUAACAAGUUGGUGUCCACAGGAGCAAGUGCUAGCACAUCCAUCAGUUGGGGUUUUUCUAACACAUGGUGGUUGGAAUUCUACUAUUGAAACUAUAUCAGAGGGUGUGCCUGUACUUUGCUGGCCUUUCCGUGGAGAUCAGCUUACGAAUUGCCGCUUCCUGUGUACUGAUUGGGGAAUUGGUAUGGAGGUGAACAAGGAUGUUAAGCGUGACGAGAUUGAAGCACUUGUUAAGGAAAUGCUAGAAGGGGAGAAAUGCAUGAAGAUGAGGCAAACGGCAAGGGAAUGGAAGAAGAAAGCAAUAGAAGCUACUGAUAUUGGAGGAUCAUCUUACAAUAAUUUUGAGAGACUGAUCAAGGUGGCACUUCAUAAAUAA